CCCACAGCCUCGCGAGCGGUGAAAGCUACAAGCUCCGGAUCAAGCGGCUACAUUAUCUCCAUGUCUGCGGUUAUUUACCUCAGGAGCAUCAUGAGCUGACCACACACUGUCAACAGAGCAACAAACUCAGGUGAGUGUAUUCACAGGUCAGGAUGCGUCUGUGUUCCUGUGCCGUGCAUGUGUUGGUGCGAUGGAUGCGCAGCUGCUCCAGGCGCAAUCGCAACCGCUUGCCUCGGAGACUGCGGGAGCCACUGAGCUACACCAGACUCCUCCUGAAUUCCCUCUGCCACAACUCUCUCCUAAACUGUGACCUCGUGACCGAUUCCCUAUUUGAGCCGGUCUUCUGGAUGGUAGAUGUUAUCACCCGCUGGUUCGGGAUGGUCUUUGUGUUUCUAGUGAUAGUUCUCACCAGUUCUGUCCUCUUAGUCGCAUAUUGGGGCCUCCUCCCUUUGGCUCUGAAUACAUAUCCUAUUGGUUGGUUAGUAUGGCACGUAUGCUACGGACACUGGAACUUAGUGAUGAUUGUCUUCCACUACUACAAGGCCACAACGACGUCUCCUGGACAUCCUCCAAAGAUGAAGACUGACAUUGCGUUUGUGUCCGUCUGCAAAAAGUGUAUAAUGCCCAAACCAGCAAGAACUCAUCACUGUGGCAUUUGCAAAACGUGUAUACUGAAAAUGGACCAUCACUGUCCUUGGCUGAACAACUGUGUUGGUCAUUUCAACCACCGUUACUUCUUCUCCUUCUGUCUCUACAUGACACUCGGCUGUAUCUACUGCAGCAUCAGUGGCCGUAACCUCUUCACCGAUGCGUAUCACGCUUUAGACCACAUGAAGCAGAUGGACUUGGAAAAACAGGGUGUUCCAGUGACAGGUGUAGGUCUGCUCAUAGGAAUCCUUCCUCAAGAAACUCUAUCUCAGAAGAGUGAAACUUCAGCAUCUUACACUUUUAAGGACCGGAUGUUUCAUAAGAGUAUUAUCUACAUGUGGGUGCUUACUAGCACAGUAGCCGUUGCUUUAGGAGCCCUGACCUUGUGGCAUGCUGUGCUCAUCUCCUGUGGAGAGACCAGUAUUGAGAGGCACAUCAACAAUAAAGAGGCCAAACGCAUGGCAAAGCAGGGAAAAAAUUAUAAGAAUCCAUUCGACUAUGGGAAACUGAACAACUGGAAGGUGUUUUUUGGAGUCGAGAAGAGAAGUCACUGGCUAACUCGGGUUUUGCUGCCUUCUGGACACAGUCCUUAUGGUGACGGGCUGACAUGGGACAUCUACCCGAUUAAAAAAGACAUGAUGGCAGUCUAAAUUUGAGUGUUAUCAGAUGUAAUAUUCAUGUGAGGUUGGAGCACAGGUCACUGCUUGGGUGUGGAUCCAUAAUAUUGCAUGUCAGCCCAGAUUUACACAGGGACAUGUGAAAACAAAAAGACAUGAAGAGAAAAAACUGCCUUUUCUCUAAGAUACGUCUCUAAUAAUAAUGGAAUGGAAUAAUAAUAAUGGAAUAUUUCUUUUUUUAACAUGAUGAUGAUGAUGAUGAUGAUGAUAUUAUAUUUUAGCUAUUGUGCACAUCCAGAGGCCGGAUCUGGAUGAACUGGUACAUACUGUGGAGCUGUGCUCCCUUAAAUAUCAAAACUUUACACAACAUUCUUGCAUUAAAACCACUGAGAGGUGAAGCAAAUAUUGCUGAUUAUCUCAUUACACUGGUACAUGUCAAGGGGUAUAUUAGGCAACAAGUAAACAGUCAUUUCUUGAAAUUGAUGUGUUUGAAGCAGGAAACAUUGGCAUGUGUAAGGAUCUGACUUUGACAUGGGCCACACUGUGAUGACUAGAGGAGGGUGCAAGCGGGACCUACAAACUAUAAUGCAGGCGGCUUUAAUGUUACGGCUGAUUUGUGUCACUUAAUGAUGACUAAUUGUUCAUGUUUUAUACUCAUGAUAUUUCUCUUUAUAUGCAUUUACACCCACCCAAAGGCUGCUGUUUCAGUGAGGGGAAAAUGUAGUUAUCAAAAACAUUUUGUCUAUGGAAUUUUUAAAGAACCAUAUGGACAUGGUGGUGGGUUUCUUUUGCCAGACACUAUUACAUUUUUUGAAGCGUUUUGUAACAAAUAUAUGACCACUAUUUAAAAAAAUAAAUUAAUAAUAAAAAAACAUUAUUAUUA